CCCGAAAUUAUGUAUGAAUUAAGCUCUGGCACUACACCAAAGACCCGCGAUUAUCUUCAACUUUCACCUUCAACACAGCCGUCUCACCGCCCAACAUGAGCUACGGCAAGAAAGAUGAAGAUGCCGACCUCGGCUUGGUCAAAGUUGACCGCACUCAAGUUUUUCAAGAAGCUCGAUUAUUCAAUAGUUCGCCAAUUCAACCACGAAGAUGUCGCAUCCUCCUAACGAAGAUUGCCCUCCUCCUAUAUACCGGCGAGAAGUUCCCGACGAACGAAGCCACCACCCUCUUCUUCGGUAUCUCGAAGCUAUUCCAGAACAAAGAUGCCAGCUUGCGACAGAUGGUCCAUCUGGUUAUCAAGGAGAUCGCCAACUCCGCCGAAGAUAUUAUUAUGGUUACGAGUACGAUAAUGAAGGAUACUGGUGGUAGCACAGAUGCAAUCUACAGACCCAAUGCUAUACGUGCCCUAUGUCGCAUCAUCGACGCGACGACUGUCCAAUCGAUCGAACGUGUAAUGAAGACAGCGAUAGUCGACAAGAACCCUUCAGUAUCCUCCGCCGCCCUUGUAUCUUCCUAUCACCUCCUCCCAAUCGCCAAGGACGUCGUUCGACGAUGGCAAUCCGAAACGCAAGAGGCUGCCGCCUCGACCAAGUCUUCAGGUGGCUUCUCCCUCGGAUUUUCGUCUUCCUCGGCUUCACUACCUGUUAAUAACUCCACCAUGACCCAAUACCACGCCAUUGGUCUCCUAUACCAGAUACGAUCCCACGAUAGGAUGGCACUGGUCAAGAUGGUGCAACAGUUUGGUGCCGCUGGUGCUGUCAAGAGCCCUGCCGCUAUAGUGAUGCUUGUUAGGCUAGCUGCGCAAUUGGCCGAGGAAGACCAAUCGCUCAGAAAGCCUAUGAUGCAGCUUCUUGACGGAUGGUUAAGACAUAAGAGCGAAAUGGUCAACUUUGAGGCAGCUAAGGCAAUCUGCGAUAUGAGGGAUGUCACCGACGCCGAAGUCACCCAAGCUGUUCAUGUGCUACAGCUAUUCCUCUCUUCGCCUCGUGCCGUAACCAAAUUCGCUGCCCUCCGCAUCCUACACAAUUUUGCUUCCUUCAAGCCGCAAGCCGUCAACGUUUGCAACCCCGAUAUUGAGGCGCUCAUCUCCAACAGUAACCGCUCGAUCGCUACGUUCGCUAUUACCACACUGCUCAAGACUGGCAAUGAAGCAAGCGUGGAUAGGUUGAUGAAGCAAAUCUCUGGAUUUAUGUCUGAAAUUACGGACGAGUUCAAGAUCACCAUCGUCGAAGCCAUCCGAACCCUAUGCCUUAAGUUCCCUAGCAAACAAGCUGGCAUGCUUUCUUUCUUGAGUGGCAUUCUACGCGACGAGGGCGGUUACGAGUUCAAGCGGGCUGUUGUGGAAAGCAUGUUUGACCUGAUUAAGUUCGUUCCAGAUUCCAAGGAAGACGCUCUCGCCCACCUUUGCGAAUUUAUCGAAGAUUGCGAGUUCACGAAAUUGGCUGUGCGUAUUCUCCACCUGCUCGGUCUAGAAGGACCCAAGACUUCUCAGCCUACCAAAUACAUCCGAUAUAUCUACAACCGUGUGGUUCUGGAGAACGCCAUUGUAAGAGCGGCAGCCGUAACCGCCCUAGCCAAGUUCGGUGUGGGUCAGAAGGACCCUGAAGUCAAGCGUAGCGUCGACGUUCUGUUGACUAGGUGCUUGGAUGACGUGGAUGAUGAAGUCCGUGACCGUGCCGCGCUCAAUCUGAGGUUGAUGCACGAGGAGGAUGACUUAGGUGAUCGCUUCAUCAAGAACGAGAAUAUGUUCUCGCUACCUUACUUUGAACACCAGCUUGUUAUGUAUGUGACAUCGGAUGACAAGUCAACCUUCGAAACUCCGUUCGACAUCAGCCAGAUCCCGGUUGUCACUCGGGAGCAAGCAGAUGCCGAGGAUCGCACGAAGAAGCUUACGGCUACUACGCCAUCUCUAAAGCCGCCAAAGACCGGCCCCACAAAGACAACGCCGACUGGCGUAGAGGCACAAGCCUCAGCAGCUGCUGCCGCCCAGAAGUAUGCUCAAGAACUUAUGUCGAUCCCGGAGAUGAAGGAAUUUGGCAGCGUUCUCAAGUCAUCCUCUGUUGUUGAGCUGACCGAAGCCGAGACGGAAUACGUCGUCACAGUCGUCAAGCACAUCUUCAAGGAGCACAUCGUACUCCAGUACGAAGUUAAGAACACACUUCUAGCUACGGUCCUCGAAAACGUGUCGGUGGUAGCAACGCCGUCUGACGAGGAAGAACUAGAGGAAGUGUUCAUCAUUCAAGCAGAGAAGCUUCCCACAGAUGAGCCCGGGAAGAUAUACGUGGCGUUCAAGAAAGCGAACGGCGAGGGAUCCCUACCGACCGCCACCUUCUCUAACAUACUUAAGUUCACGAGCAAGGAGAUCGACCCUACUACCAACGAGCCUGAGGAGACUGGCUACGAGGAUGAGUACGAGGUGUCCGACUUCGAUCUUGCCGGUAGCGACUACGUGAUACCCACAUUCGCAGGCAACUUCAACCACGUAUGGGAACAGGUGGGUGCGGCUGGUGAGGAAGCAGAGGAGACAAUGCAGCUGUCAGGCGUAAGCAGCAUCGCAGAUGCUACGGAGCAACUUAUCAAGACGCUCUCGUUACAACCACUGGAAGGCACAGAUGUUCCGGUCAGCCAGACGACACAUCAACUCAAGCUUCUGGGCAAGACGGUCAACGGGGGAAGGGUAGUGGCAAACGUCAGGAUGGCGUACUCGUCGAAGUCAGGAGUGACAACCAAGAUUAUAGUACGCAGCGAGGAGGAGAAUGUUGCUGCUAUGGUGGUGGCGUCCGUCGCGUAAUAAUGAUGGUUUCUGGAAAGGCGUUUCUGCAAAAAAUGACGAGCGAUGUCCUUUCGGUUUUGAGGGUUACCUUAUGCAUAUUACUACUAGAGACUCGAGUAAAGGGGCGAGCAGUGUAGGACUUGCGCGAUCCUAGAUGAAUGAUAUUAGGGGCCGAGCUGUACUUGUUUAUAAGAAAGAGUCAAAGAAAGAAUUAUAUGAUAGCCUCUUGAGUGUCAGCAGAACGAACCUGGGAGGUUGAACUCGAGGACCCUUAAGGUUAUGAUGAAUUGAACAGUAUAAUAAGCUUCACCUUGGCUAUAGCUUCUUACAUUU